UAGCGUUUAGCCGUACACAUUUUUCUGUCUAACGAUGGCUUAUUGUUUUUACCAACCAAAGAGACCGUCUACAAGUCUCGAUGACCGGUCUUUUGUUGGGCCGGGUUUUAAAACCACGAUCGAAGUGGACCUCAGUCAUUUACCCAGCACGACACCCAAGGGGUGGGACCGUAAAGACGAACUGCUCAGUUAGACGCCGGAGAUUGCCGAACGUUAUUAUUAUUAGCGCACUUGAGAAAUCACCCACCGAGGGCUGCCGAUCUCUCACUCAAUAGACGUAGGGAUGCGAUACGAGGUUGACGGUGAAUGAAGUGGUAUCGAGGACUCACUAGAAUUGUGAGAGGCGGGAGAUAAAAACUGAUCUUAUUACAGAAAUCUCCUCCUUCAAAACAAAAAAAAAAAAGGAAAGAAAAAAAGGGAGAAUUUUUUUUUAAGUUCCUGAUUUCGAAGAUGAUUAGUCAGCAUUCCAGAAGAAAGGUUUCAAGGAUGCGAUUUUAAAAAAACACAUCACUGGAUUACAAUUAUUAUAGGGCCUACAUUUUAUAUCGUCUGAUCGGAUUUAUGAUCGCUAUAAAUCUCCCUUUUUUAGGAUGGCGCUUUUUGAGAGCACGUCUUUGCAUAAGUCUACCGCCUACGUUUUCGGUUGUUUGAUUCUUUUGGAGAACCUCACAUUAUCAUUGGCCUGUAUCAUGCUGCUGAACGGGUGGACGCCCCUGACGGUGUACCAGAGAACAGAGUACGCAGACAUCGUCGUGAGCGGCUACGUCUUAGAAGCAUUCAAAGAAACCCGCUCCGAUUCGGAAACGUACGCCGCACAGAUCCAACUUCUGACGAUCUACAAAGGCGGCGACGUCGUCAACACCAUUUCACCCGUGUUGGGAAAUAGCAAGGUCUACACAGUCAGCAAUUUCGGGGAUAAGUCUAUGUGUUAUGCUGACGUCGACGUCGGCAGCAGUUACAUCUUCUUUCUGACCGUGUAUCGGGGACGGCUGUCGGCGAAAUACGACGAUAUAUUCGGGGCGACCGCGGAACUGACGAAAGAUAACGAACAGCAAGUGCUAGAUUAUUUAGGCUGGCACACAUGGUCGGAGUGGAGUAGCUGCAGCGCCCCCUGUAAUGGAGGCACCCAAACGAGAUCUCGCACCUGUACGAGACAAAGCGAGAGUGAAUGCGAAGGGUCGAAUUCUAGCUCAAGAAGGUGCAAUACGUUUUCGUGUAAAGGUUCUUCUGAUCUAAUUGAUAAUUUCAAGAUGAAGCGUCUUCCGUUUGGAGUUUACAAACAUCCCAACCGAUCGAUCGCGUAUUUGAUCACCCCUCAGGCGAAACUCUUCGUCCCAGUGUCGACACUUUAUCAUGUGACCUUCCCGCGUGACUUCAGUCUCGUGCUGACGACGAAACUCUCCCCGGGUUUCCGUGGUUACCUGUUGACAGUGAACGACAUCAGAGGUCGGCAAAGAAUAGGAAUACAUUUCAGCACGAGCAUCAAGUUCGAGUAUUUGGAUUACCACGAAGGUCGGAUUACCUCCCUUGAAUUUGACGUCGACGCCACGGACAAUGUGUGGCACCACGUGGCUUUCAGCGUGAAGGACGAUACAGUGACGUUAUUCUAUGACUGCGAUGACGUCAUGUCAAGGACUCUAGAGAGAAGCAAAACCUCCACAUUCGGGACAAACCUAAUGAUUGCAGUCGGUCCAUACUUUCCUCGAAAUGGUCAACCGUUUAGGGGAGCUAUCGAACAGCUAGUGUUAAGCGAGGACACGACUGCUGCCGAAAAACAGUGCCACCAACAGUUCGAAAAUGUGCUUAAAGAUGGCGACAACUUCCAGCGCCGGACUGAUGAAAAUGACGGCAAAUAUGUCAUUGUAAAUGAAGACAAGAAACACGACAGAGAUGAUAAUGACAACAUUAGACAAACGACAGACACCAUAACGGACGGCGCGACACGGUCUAUUGAAAAGAAAACAACUACAUCACCAGUUACUCAGCAUGGUUCUGACUGGUCAUCCUGGUCUCACUGCAGCGCCACCUGUGGUCAAGGGAGACAAUCGAGGGUGCUGUACUGCAGCGACGACGUGGGCAGCGCACACAGCUGUAGUCACGACCACGUCUUGGAAACGGAGAGGCGAGCAUGUGCUACACAAGAUUGCAAAGGCUGUCCGAAACAGUGUGAAAACGGAGGUACCUGUAGUCACGGUGUCUGUCGGUGUUUGACUGGUUACCACGGUGACCAGUGUGAAACUCCAAUUUGUACUUCCGGUUGUCAAAAUGGCGGCCAGUGUGUUGGGCCAGACUUGUGCGCAUGCUCACUAGCUUACACAGGAUCAACAUGCGAGACACCUGUUUGUGAACCGGAGUGCAGAAAUGGAGGGCGAUGUAUUUCCCCGGGAAAGUGCUCGUGUCCCUAUGGUUACUUACAGCCAAGAUGCAAACCGGUCUGUUCUAUGAUGUGCUAUAAUGGCGGGAGGUGUGCCAGGCAUAACGUCUGCAGAUGUAAGAAAGGUUAUACGGGAAAAGACUGUUCCACAGCUAUUUGCUCAAAAGGAUGCUUUAAUGGCGGGAAAUGUGUGGCUGCUAACAAGUGCGCAUGCCCGCGAGGAUUUCGCGGGAAACGGUGUCAGAAAGCUAAAUGUCGACCUCGAUGUCAAAACAAGGGGAAGUGUCUUGCCCCCGGAGUGUGUUUAUGUAGGCAUGGAUAUUUUGGACCACUUUGUCAAAGAUUUCAGUGCCAAAAGAAAUGUAAAAAUGGCGGAACUUGCAGCGGACCCAACAAAUGUUCGUGUCCUGCCGGGUUUUAUGGCAGGAGGUGUCAGAAAGUAAAAUGCACAAUCAGUUGUCUAAACGGAGGGAGGUGUAGACGCAACAACCAGUGCAAAUGUCCUUCAGGUUUUCAAGGUCACCGGUGUGAACAGAGGACCUGCAAGUAUGAGAAGUAUUCUGUGCCGUACACACUGCGGUACAAGCGGUUGGUCAGGGAGGAGUACGUUUCUAGGUGUGGCCCUUGGCGAUGGAAGACCUGCGUGAAAACAAGGUUGAAAUACGUCACGAUCGCAAGAGAAACAUACAGAACAGCGUAUCGGUGCGUCUGACCACAUCAUUUUCUGUGACGUCAUCUGACCUAGAUAGCCAAAGAAGAAAUACCUCACGCCUGUAUAUCAAUAUUAUCUACACAAAAUGUCUUUCACCAGUCCUGAUUUACUAUUGUUGUUUUUUUGUCAGUCAUUAUACAUGGUACCGUUUAAAGUAUUUAGAGUAUUUGUAACAUAUUUUGUUUAUUUAUUGUUGUUGUAUAUUUUAAAAUAAAUUAUUUAUUUUGUUA